AUGUCGACAAAUCCAAAUUGGGUUGAAACCUUAAUCACAGAGAAUCCAACUUAUAAAACUUUUACACGUGCUAAUAGGGGUUAUAUGGUCUAUAAUUCUGAACAAGAGUAUGAGGUUUUAGAUCUAUUUGCAAAUGUUAAAGGGGAAAAUGAUCAUAGCAUUAAUGGUUAUUUUCAACAUAAAAAAACAAAAAAUUGGAUUCCUUUGCUUCCUGGCCACAUGGUAAUAGGAAAGUUUGGCGGAAAGUAUGCAAAGCUCUCUAUUGUCAAAGCUGGUGAAAAUCAACUGAGUUUUUCUUGGGUUAUUUUUGAGGACAUUCAAAUGAAUAUAAUAAUAAAUACGGGAAAUAAAGCUGAUUUUUUUAAUAGCUUUAUUAAUGAAAUUAAAUUAAGUUUGUCAAUUCCUGAUAUUCUUGGGUUCAAUGAUUCGAAUUUGGUUUUACAAUUUCAACAGGUUGUCAACUCAUGUUUUCCAAAUGUUUUUAUCAAAGCAAAAAAACAUUUUGCUGCUAAAAAAAAAAUUGUUAUGUUGAGUAACUCAACGAAAAGGAAAAGUCAAGAAUUAGAGGAGGAAUUUUUAAAUGAGGAUGAUGGUCAAGUAAAGGUAAGUAUAAAAAAUGGAAUUUCAUUUACACAAAAAGGGAUUGAUUUGACACCAAAACAAACACAAGCACUCGCCAUUGAAUAUGAAGGGUUAAAGAAGGAAGAAAAAUUAUCUAAUAUAAUGAAAGAUGCAUUUGAAACCACUAACCUUGGUUCUACAAUGUUGAUUAACAGUGAACUAUACCUAGGCCUUGUUCUCAUGUUUCCAUCAAAAUGCCAUGUAUGCAAUGCUGUUGCAGAAUUCAACAAUGAAACCAACAAUUCAAGUUUUGCAACUAUGUUUGCUGGAUCAGGACUACUUGGAGGUGUUAAUCGACAACAAUUAGAAACUAUCUCUUCAAUGCUUGGCAUAACCUCCCAAAUAUCAAAUAGAUUCUAUUAUGAGAAGCAAGAAACAUUUUACGAAAAUAUAAUAGAUCAUGCAGAAAUUAGUACAGAGGUAGCGUUAAAUGAUGCAAUAGCAUAUACAAAAUCACAAAAUAAAAAUGUACUCCCUGUAAGCUUUGACUGUUCAUGGUCUUAUGGGCGUAAUACUAAUCAAGCAAGUGGUGAGUUUAUAUAUCAAGAUGAUCUUCCAGGUUAUGAACAUAAGCCCAUAAUUGCAUUUCAAGUGAUCGAAAAAUCACAAACAACUACUCAUCAAAGAAAUGAUAAUAAAGAAAACAUGUUAUUAGAUAUUUGUGUAGAUGGUGACUUAAAUUCUAAUAAGACAUUAAAUGGAAUACAUCAAUCAAAUAUCCUGCAUGGAAAAAUUAUGAAAACUGUAUUAUGCUAUUACACAUCAUGUGUUUAUGCUGCAAGUAUGAGUAAAUUAGAUGAGGAAAUCAUCACAAUAUCAGAAGAAGAACUAGAAAUAACACAAAUUCAUGGACUUACAUGUCAUUUGUCAGGUGAUCAUAGCAAGUGUUGGGAAGAAGUUUGUUGGAUAAAAGAUAAUCCAGAUGUAGAGUUACAAGAGCCACAUCUUUUAAAUCAUACUCCUUAUCAAAGAAAUUGCUUUGAAGAAAUGCUCAAGGCAUGCUUUUACAUUCCUACAAAGCAGAAUUUAAUAACUCAUAUUCGUACAUCUCAUAAUGAAGCAUUUAACAGAGUUAAAUUAUGUUUCUUGGAUAAAAAAAUCGACUUCUGGAAAUCCUUUCAAACAAGACAUGUACUUGCAGUUAUAAAACACAAUGAAUGCCUUCUUGAAUUGCUUCAAGUCUCAAGGCUUGUUCCUGAAUUUGAGGCCUUAAGUUUGUAUGAUAUAGAAAACAUUAAGAAACUUGAAAAUAAUCAUACAAGACAAAAUAAAAUUAAUGUUAGCAAUAUUGUACAAAGAAGCAUUCAACGAGGAAAGGACUUUGUUCCAUAUGGUAGAAGUGUACAAGAAAAAAUCAAAGCAUUAGAGUUUGAACCUUCUUUUGCUAAACAUAUAUUGGACUUUACAAAAAUUCUUAAAUGCCAAGCUUGUCAUGCAUUCAAGAAAAAUGGUGCUCUUGGAUUAUGUUGUCUUUGUGAGUAUUAUUUGAAUUAUGGAUUAUAUGAUCAGCUGCUUGACAAAGGGUACAAAUAUGAAGGUCAUUUAAUAAAACAUCCACCAAAGAACUUGAAUUAUCAAGAUGUACUUACCUCAGUUUUUGGAUUUGAUGGCUUUCAAGAAAAUCAAGAAGCAGCAAUUAAAGUGAUACAUGAAGACAGUGAUGUUUUUGUAUCAAUAAGAACAGGAGGGGGUAAAACACUUUGUUAUUGGAUGGCAGCUUUAUUACAAGGAGGAUUGACCAUUGUAUUUAGUCCACUAACAGCACUAAUUGAUGAUCAAAUGGUUGAAAUGGUUCAUGCAGGAAUUCCUUGUUCUGGAUUAUAUUCAAGCACAAUUAUGUUACCUAAGUAUCAAGAAAAAAUUUUUGCUGAAAUAGCAUCAGGGCUACCAAAAAUUUUAUUUAUCACUCCAGAAAAAUUUCAAAAAAAUAAAUCAUUUCAAGAAAUGUUGAAGCAAUAUAAUAAAAAUGCACCACUAACCUUUAUCAUUGAUGAAGCACAUUGCAUCAAGGAUUGGGAAUACUUUCGUCCUGAGUUGCAUUUUGAAAUUAGAAAAAAAAGUACCAAACAAAAACUGGUUGAUGAUAUAUUAAUCCAGCUCAAUGAUUUAGGAAUAGGUCAUGCAAUUAUCUAUUGUGCAACCAUUAAAUUAGAAAGCCAAUUGAAAUCUCUCAGACUAACUCUUUGGAAAAAUGGACAAAUUCAAAUAAUGAUUGCAACAAAUGCAUUUGGAUUGGGAAUAAAUAUGUCUAAUGUUAGAUUAGUAAUUCAUUAUACAUUUCCAAUAAGUAUUGGAAAUCUUGUCCAAGAAACUGGGUGUGCAGGUCAUGAUGGUUUAUCUUCUCGAGCAAUCCUUUACUACACUAGAGCAGAUCUUGAAACAAUAUAUAAUAUUGUGGCAAAUAAUAGAGAAAGUGGAGACCAAGAGAAUAAUGAAGAAACUACCAGUGAUACCAAUGGUUCACGGUGUUGGCAGUGUGACAAUUACAUUCGGUUUCAAAAUGAAAGUACAAUAUGUUUGGAUGUUAAAACUGACAUUUUGAAAAUGAUUGAAGUUAUAAAUGAGAUAAUUGAAUUUAACAGAACUACUCCACUGGACAAAGCUGAACUCUCAACACUUAUAUCAUAUAAUGAAAAAAGAACUCUACAAGUGAAAACAAAAGAUGAAGCAUGCCACCUUUUGGAUUAUUUGGUAACAUGUGGUGUAAUUAAAUUUGAUAUUUUUGUUUCAAGACCUACUGGUAAUUCCACAUACACUAGUUGUCAACCAAUUGUUUUAGGCAUAAAAGAAGGCGCAACUGCUUUUGUGCAUGAUAGGAUGUGGGAAUUUAUUAAAAAAAAAGGUGUACUUGGUUCAGGCACAGGUAUAAUUUUAGUAAUCACUAUUAUAUGCGAAUAUUUUGAAAUUUUUGCUAAGGUGAAAGCUGUUGAAGGAAAUCUUGAUGAAUUAUUAUUCUAA